AUGGAGCAGAGGCACUGCUGUGAGGACAGCCCCGGGCCUGGGCCUGUCCAGGCCCCACAGACUGCAGUGUGCCCCCAGGUGAAGGCCAAGCCCGGCCCUGGGGGCUGCAGAGCCCCUGGCCUGCUGCUGCUGCUGGCACUGGCCACUGCUGGGGCCAUGGCUGGCGGGCUUCUUGGCUUCACUCACAGUCCCCCCAAGCCUCUGCUGCAGAUGCUCCGUCUGACCCUCCCAAGCCCCGGGGCAUCCCGAUCCAACCAAACUGCCCAGGUGGAUGCGGCCCGGAACGUGGCAACCAUCUGGGUGACCUCGGCUCAGAGCAACUGCAGCUGGGCAGUGCUGUUCGAUGGGCAGAGUGGCUGCGUCUGUUACCGGCCCUCGGAACACCCAGCCUGCUUCCUCCGCCGGAUGGAGCCCCGGGAUCGCGAGACCCUGCAGCUGCUGGUGAACAUGUCCAGGGGCCAAGGGCCCCCCGGCCCCAGCCAGGACACCCACUCUGCCCAGCAGCUGCUGGCAGUGCUGGGGGGCCGUGAGGUGGACCCUGCCCAGGUGGGGGAUUCCGUGCGGCACCUCUGCACGAAGACACCCAUUUACUGGGCCCGUCGAGCACAGGGGCCCCAGAGGCAGCGGCUGAUCUACCUAUGCAUCGACAUCUGCUUCCCCAGCAACAUCUGCGUGUCGGUCUGCUUUUAUUACCUCCCAGACUAAGUUCAAAGCCUGGCCAGUCCCCCAGGCCAGCCCCGUCACCAGUCACAGAGGGUGGCUGCUGGCAGGAGCUAAUAAACCCUCCACCUGGCUGUAACGGUGUUUUCUGUGGCCUCGGGACACAAAAUGGGUAGAGUCGGGGUGGGGGGGGAGCACUGGCUUGGGGUUGGGCACCAGCCUGGAACCUCCAGGCCCUGUGGAUCUGGAAUUUCCGGAACAAGUGAAGGUUAGCUCAAGUAGGCUUCUGAGCCUUGUCACAUCCACAUAAGCAACCGGGAGCUGAGAGAAUCCCAGGGCAUACUGGCCUGGCCAGUCUAAGCCGGCCGAGGGGGCCAGGGUAGGCCAGGCAGGUCCAGCUGGCCAG